AAGACACGAGUGACCACAGCCGUAUGCAUAUGCCGUCAGAGAGAGAGGGGGAAACAGAUGGCAAGGCUGACGCAGUUCUUGUCCGACGAUGAGCUUGGCGAGCUUAUCUCCGCUUUCCCGGAGGCAGAGUUCGCCUUUGCGUACGGCUCUGGCGUGGUCAAGCAACAGGGUUAUGCGGAGAAUGUGUCCAACGCUUCAGAUCUGCCCAUGCUUGACCUCGUUCUGGCCGUCGAAGACUCGGAGGCUUGGCACAAGGCCAACCUCAAAAGGAACCGCGAUCACUACUCUGGACUGGCACGAUUGUUUGGUGCAGGUGGAGUCGCUUGGCUACAAGAAGGCUUCGGAGCAAAGCUGUACUACAACGCCCUAGUGCCGUUGUCGACCACCUCGCACCGAGGUCGUUCGAUGAAGUACGGCGUCAUCAGUACGAAGCAUCUGGCCGAGGAUCUGACCGACUGGACCUGGCUUUACACCGCCGGCAGGCUGCAAAAGCCGGUGCGCAUCAUCCAAGGAAACCAUAAAGCUUCGGCGAUCAUUGAAGGCAACCUCUCGUCCGCGGCGAAGGCUUCGCUGCUUCUGCUUCCGGAGCGGUUUAGUGCUCAAGAGUUUUACACCACCGUGGCGGGACUUUCCUAUACGGGCGAUUUCCGCAUGUACUUUGGCGAGAACCCGGACAAGGUCAAGAACAUCGUCAGCGCCACCCUGGGAAGGUUCCAAGACCUGUAUGCGCCGGCCCUCAAGGGGAUUCCGGGGAUGACCGCAACGGGGUCUGACUGCUCCUCCUAUGACCAGGAUGUAUCGCCUACCACCCGACUAGCUUUGGCGAGGUCUCUUCCUGGGGCCGUGCGAGGACUGCUUCCUUUGGGGGAAGGCGGAUCAGCUGGAAACAAGCUUGCUACCGGUGGAGCUCCGCUGACGGCGGAAGUUUCUCGUGCUCUGGCGACGGUGGUUUCAAGAUCUAGCCUGCGGCAAGGAGCGAAAGGUCUCCUGACGGCAGGGGUGCUCAAGUCGGCGUCGUACUCUCUAGCGAAAGUUACUCAGGCUAUCGCGGGGAGAAGGAAACGACAAGAGUCGCCCUCCGGGCAGUAG